GGACCUCCUCCCGCCUCUCCGCCUACUCCAGCCUCCGCCGCCUCAGCUUCCCGAGCGAGCCCUGCGGCCGCCGGAGCAGCUCCCGCGGCGGAGCAGGAGCCGGAUGGUCAGAGGAGCCCGGCAGCCCCAGCAGCCGCGGAGUCGCCUGGCCCCCAGACUGACUGGCACAGUGGAGAAACCGCCUCGAAAACGGAGAAGCAGUAUCAGAGGUUCUGGUGAUAGCAGAUAUUCACAGUCUCAAGGGGAAAGAUAUCAACAUUUCACUGAAAAGACUGAAUUUGCUCUUAAAGAAAUCAUGUCCUCUGGAGGUGCUGAAGAUGAUAUCCCACAGGGUGAAAGGAAAACAGUUACAGAUUUUUGUUACCUUCUGGAUAAAUCUAAGCAGCUGUUCAAUGGGUUAAGAGAUUUGCCACAAUAUGGACAGAAGCAGUGGCAGUCCUAUUUUGGAAGAACUUUUGAUGUUUACACCAAACUCUGGAAGUUCCAGCAGCAACAUCGACAAGUCUUGGAUAAUCGGUAUGGCUUGAAGCGCUGGCAAAUAGGAGAAAUUGCUUCCAAGAUUGGGCAGCUAUACUACCAUUAUUACUUACGCACAUCAGAAACCAGCUAUCUGAAUGAGGCUUUUUCCUUCUAUUCUGCAAUCAGACAGAGAUCAUAUUAUUCUCAAGUCAAUAAAGAGGACAGACCUGAAUUGGUAGUUAAGAAGUUACGAUAUUAUGCAAGAUUUAUAGUAGUUUGUCUUCUUCUCAACAAAAUGGAUGUUGUAAAGGAUCUGGUAAAGGAAUUGUCAGAUGAAAUUGAAGAUUAUACUCACCGAUUUAAUACUGAAGAUCAAGUAGAAUGGAACUUGGUGCUUCAGGAAGUAGCAGCUUUCAUUGAGGCGGACCCUGUAAUGGUACUAAAUGAUGAUAAUACCAUUGUUAUCACAUCAAAUCGCCUUGCUGAAACAGGAGCCCCAUUGCUGGAACAGGGCAUGAUUGUGGGACAGUUGUCUCUGGCUGAUGCACUCAUUAUUGGUAAUUGUAAUAAUCAGGUUAAGUUCAGUGAACUAACUGUUGAUAUGUUCCGGAUGUUACAAGCUCUGGAAAGGGAGCCAAUGAAUUUAGCUUCCCAGAUGAAUAAACCAGGAAUGCAGGAAUCAGCUGACAAGCCUACUAGACGAGAAAACCCCCACAAGUAUCUGCUCUACAAACCAACCUUCAGCCAACUAUAUACCUUCUUAGCAGCAUCUUUUAAGGAGCUGCCUGCCAAUAGUGUGCUUCUGAUUUACCUGUCGGCCACUGGCGUUUUCCCCACAGGUCGUUCUGAUAGUGAAGGUCCUUAUGAUUUUGGAGGUGUACUUACUAAUAGUAACCGGGAUAUUAUUAAUGGAGAUGCCAUCCACAAACGAAAUCAGUCCCACAAGGAAAUGCACUGCCUUCAUCCUGGAGAUCUCUAUCCUUUCACCAGGAAGCCCCUGUUCAUCAUUGUGGAUUCAUCUAAUAGUGUUGCAUACAAGAAUUUCACAAACUUGUUUGGACAGCCACUAGUCUGCUUGCUUUCUCCUACAGCGUAUCCAAAAGCUUUACAAGAUCAAUCUCAGCGAGGUAGCCUCUUCACUCUCUUUUUGAACAAUCCUCUAAUGGCCUUCCUAUUUGUCUCUGGAUUGUCAAGCAUGCGCAGAGGUCUAUGGGAAAAGUGUCAAGAAUAUCUUCGAAAAAUCAACCGUGAUAUUGCCCAGCUUCUGACCCAUUCACGUUCAAUAGAUCAGGCAUUUCUCCAGUUUUUUGGAGAUGAAUUUCUUCGCUUGCUCCUCACAAGAUUUAUCUUUUGUUCAGCCACCAUGAGGAUGCAUAAAAUUUUUCGGGAAACACGAAAUUAUCCAGAAUCAUAUCCACAACUGCCAAGGGAUGAAACAGUGGAGAAUCCUCAUCUCCAGAAGCACAUUUUGGAAUUAGCAUCCAUUCUGGAUGUUCGAAACGUGUUCUUUGAGAAUACCAUUGAUGACUAUUAAAACAAAAACCCUCUUGUCAAAACAAAUUUUCAUUUUCCACAAAUUUUAAAUGGUGCAGUUUUCUAAUGUGAUAACAGACAUAUAGUGGUGUUACUUACUUUUUAUUUUUUUUAAUUUAGGGCCACCAUUUUAAAAAAAAAAACUAAGAAAAAAAAACGUUCACACUUUUAGCUAACUGUUUUAAAAUGCAACCUUUCAGGUCUUUUAAAAUCUCAAUCUUGGAAUUUUUAUUUUUUGAUUUUGAGGGAUGCAUAUUUACCUCCUACAUCUAAUCCUACACUCAAAUAGUCACUAUUCUCACCCUGAGAAGAGUAAACCAUUUAUUUUUGUAUAAUGAGGUAAAUCCAACUCUUAUACUUGGAUAAGUUAAAUGUCUGGAUUUGGAAAUAUGUAAUGGUUCAUAAUAAUGAAGCUAGCCACGAUGGACUACUGAAAAUCAAGAACAGAGUCCCUGCAUCAUAUAUUUUUUCUCUUUCCAACUUAGCUGGUAGAAAAAUGUUUGAUUCUUUGAAACAUGAUCAAGCCAGUUUUUGAAAUCAUUUAAUUUCUUUCAAUACUGUCAUAAUUUCAGAAAUUGGAUUGAUUUGCAUUUGAAAGCUAGAUCUUAAUUGAGGACUUGAGAUGGUAAAUAUUACUUGGAAUGUAUGAGUAUUGUGUUAGGAGAUUUACUUCCAUAUUUUUUUUUUUUGUAGUCUUUGAAUGCUGGAAAU